UUUCUAUCUAAUCCAAUACAGGGUUGUUGAUUUGCGCCAUUUGAGCAUACAAAGUUAGCACCAAGGUCUGAGUCCGUAGUAUUACACUCGGAGAUCUCCCAACGUGUCCAGCUGCAACAUCGUGUGUAGACGACGAGUGAGCACACUCUUGUCGACACAAGGCGAACAACCUGCAGUCUUCAAGAAGGCCCGUGGGGGCUGAGAAAAGCUUCCACGCACAUCUAGCCUGCCAAUGUACUUGUUACCUCACAGCUAAUUUCACGUGUACUGUAACCACUGUUGCCAUUUUCACCUUGUCUUGUUUCUGACAAAUCCAUAGGACACGCCUUCUGUCUGGAUUACGUACAGACUCAAAGCUAGACAUUCGAGGACUGUCGCAGAACACUCUACAGCGGGUGUGAAGCCUAGAACGCGUGCUGGCAAAUGUGGAUGAUCAGUUGUCAGAUGUCGACAGGGUAUGGUGUAGACGUCUAUUCAUUUUAUAGUACUAUAUGAGUAUGUAUAGCAGGCGCAAGUAGAGCAAGUGCAGAAAGAGGCUAGCCAGAACCGUAGACUGGAGGUCCAGCCAUGGCCAGCUGUAUUUCUGACAUGUGCCAUGUCUCAGCUGAAGUUCCCAACAUGCCCAGCUCUGUGAAUCCCGUGUACUGCAGGGUUCCUCGUGACAACGAAGUUUCACCUCCGAGAACUCACCAGUCGUCUAACACAAUCAUAUCGUGCACCAGAUCUGAGUAGAUUGGAGCCACACGGUCAAACUGUUCGAGCGAGAUAUUAACAUGACCACCUGUCACACCCAGCCCAGGUCUCAACUCGCAGGUACCGGAAUCGGUCAGCUUUUAACGUUGGAACCAUGCGGCCAUCGCGUUAUCCAGUCGAGUACCCGGUCUGCUGGACAUCCUCAUUGUGAAAUCGGCAAGGGCAGUGAAGCAAAGUGCGUGUUGCUGGCCGGUCGUUUUGACUGAUCGGACGGAAGUUGAGGAUUCCAAAGCCCAAGCAGGAUUCCAAAGCCCUAAAAUGGAAUUCCACAGCUUCGUCUGAGUGACGUAUCUAAGUACGUCUGUCUCAUUCUCGAAGGAACGAGCCAAAGUAGUAUGAUAUAUGUCAUAUGCGUACGCCGUAAAGAUGGGCGUUUAUGUUCACUAUAGUCGAUUUCGCCAACGCGAGGGACGUGAGGUCUAACUCACUGCUCAUCAGAACAGUCAACUACCCUGCCUCUAAGUCGGAUCUGUCAUAAACGUUCAAACCCAGCCUCUGCGCGCAAUGUCCAAGUGCUCUUUCAUCCAUUCAAAUCGGCUUUUCAAAGAGGAAGAUGCAGUUUAAAUUAUACGUGCAGACGUCGUCACCGAAACACUUCGUCGAUCUUGUCAUGUGACCGGGUGUGCCGGUACGGUAGGAGAAGCGUAAGCAGGACGAUUCGGACGAGGGCAACUGGCCGCGCCUCCUUCAAACGUAGGAAGCAGCCUGCGAGGGAGUAGCCCUGCACUGUAGUGGACUUGAGUACUCAUCAUUGGAGGUCAUGGAUUUGAAAUCACUAGGAGUUUACUGAUGAACAAUGUAAUAUGUGCUCAUGGUUUGGGGUUCGUAGAAUCAUAGCAGGUCAUGAUGAGUGCUUCGUCUGAUUAAUGAGCCCAUGAGGAGAGACCCUGAGGUUACGCGCUUUGCUCGGUAAUGAUCGAUAGACCCCGGUUGUGACAGAGGUCGAAUCUUGGCCAGUGAUGGAGGCUCAAUAUUUGCGAUUUUGAGAUUUGCGAUGGACGUUUUUCUCUCCCGCCACAAGCUACGUCAAGAACCCAGAGGUUGCUGAAGUAUCACAACCACUGAAAGCUAUCUUGAUGAUUGAAGGUUACAAAGGACCAUGCAAUCGAACAGCCAGGUCAAACUGGAAGCGGAUCGGCCAGUGGUUACUUUCUCGAAAGUCAAGUUCAGGUUGCAGAAUCUUUUGGCUGAACUCAACAGACUCCGGGACCAGGAGUUGUCAACUCGAUCAGAAUUGAGGAAACUGCUUGAGAAGCAGAACCUUCUAGACGCUAAUCAUGCAAAAGAGCAGAGAAUUUUUCAGACAGAGCUUUCAGCAGCAACUGAUAGUCGAAAGAAGCUCGAAGAAUUGGUGAACAACUUGAGGAGUAACUUAACAGCUGCAGAAGUUAGGGAGCAAACUUACAAACGCGAACUAAAUGGUCUUCUUCACUCCAGAAGCAGUGUCACCGAGCAACUGAAGGUUGAUAAUUCUCAACUCCAGCUAAGAUUACAAGAAAGGUCCAAAGAGCUUGCUGACGCUCUGGACAAACUAAGAAGGCAGGGUGGACUAAUAGAAUCAGCGGAAAACGAGUUCAUCGCACUCAAACGGUCGGUGCAUGAAGCUCAUAGAAUUGUUCAAGAGAGAGAGGAACAUUUGACGCGUCUUCAAGCAAAACUUGAGAGUACUACGUCGCUUGACAAUAAACUUCUUGAUAGAGUAAGGGUUUUGCAGAAGAGGCUGGACGAUGGGCUUAAAAUUCAACUCGCCAAGGACUUGGCCAUCCAGAAGUUGGAACAGAAACUUGAACUUCACCGAAGGGACCACCACCUGAAGGAGCAGCUGUCUUUGGCUCAAACAAUGCUUGAGGUGAAAGAAUCGACAAAUUCAAGACUAUCUUCGAAGGUUCAGAUGCUGGAGACUCAAGUCAGGGCCAUGGGAAUUUUAGAGCUGAAAUCCCAGGAGCGAUUGAAGCAGCAAGAGGAUCUGCUUGAGAGUACUCGUAGGAACCUUUCAGAAGCGCAAGAUACGAUAAACAGCCUCCAUGAUAGUCUUGAAACAGCUAGAAACAACGUCACAAGUUACGCAGAAGCUUGUAAGAAGCUCGUGCUAAGUACUUCUGAGGAGCUUCGGAGGAGUGCCAAGUUACAAGUCCAGUUGGAGAAUAUCAUAAAGAGUAACAAUGUACUUCAGAAUCGGCAGAUGAAGUUUUCCGUCGUUCAUAUCGAUUUGACAAGUUUGUCCAAGUAUACGUCGACCAGCGACUUGAUUCAGACGCGUGAUCAAUCAACAUGUACUCUUGACGUACAGGGUGAAGUGCAGUUUGUUGAUCAGUUUGUUGGAAAAGGCAUUUCCAACUCCAGUUCGCAAGAGCCUCUUUAUUUGUUGAAGUCGAUCGGAAUGAAGGUGUCACAUACUAGCGAACAAUUCAAAACCAAGAAAUCUAAGAUGAAAUCAAAACGCCAGGAAAUCAAGGAUCUCACGAUUAGGAAUCAGCAUACAUCCUAUAGAUGCGAUGCGUCCGUAUCUACAGAAAAAAUGGCGGAUGCGUGUACAAACGAUCAACUAAAUCUGGGUGAUGCAAAUGGACCAGCGAGCGACAACCAGGAAUCGAAGAAGAAUCUAUUGAAGGUACAGCAGGAAGGUCACCAAAAAGCCAUAGAACUUGAGGGCUCAUAUGUGCAGGUUACGGAAGCUACUCCUAGACGUACGUCAGAAGAACGAGAUCCUGUCUCCAGUGAAGAAAGACAUUCGAAUGGCACAACUGCUCCCCUGUCUCAAGAGCAGUUAGCUGCUUCCGGAAGUGUUUCGUUUCCUUCGGAUAGGACAUCAAGAACCAAAAAAGAACCUGAAAGCGAAAUUAGAACUGAUUUCGUAUCUCGAAAGAGUUCUCCUGCCUCAACGAGUUCCACCUUGAAAUAUACUGGACAGUAUUGCAACACGAGAAUGAUGACGGAGUCUGAAGCUUACUGCGGCCGUGGGUCCUGUGUCUCGACCAUCCAUCACUCACAGUCGAGAGCCCCAUCUCCGGAUCUCGAGUUCGACGUCGAAAUGCUGCUCAAACAAGACCUAUUCCCGGACCUUGACAUGUCUGGCCAUGAGAAUGUCGAAUGGGUAUAUACAGAUACAGAAGCAGGUGUGACUUUUACGGAGCAUUCACGUGAUCCAACAAUUCCAGCUGAUUUCACAGCUGACUCAUGUCCAGAUUCUCAAGAAAUGACAACUACGAAACGGCGCAGAAGUACCGCAAAUGAUAACACCUGAGGAGAAGCUGCUCUUUAAAUCUCAUUGCAUUAUACCCAAUAAAUGUAGCAGCAGUGCUUGUUGUGCAUACCACUCAUCCGACGAUCAGGACUUUCUUGAAUCAAGGUUGCCCAAUUUCUUCCCACACAGUUCUUCAAAACACAGCUGGAUUUCGAAUCCGAAUGCAAAAAUAGCGUGGCGAUGUUUCAUGUUGCUCAGUAGAAGAGCAAAGAUUUCACUUGCUGGGUAGUGGCUAAUGGACUGCAGAUGAGUUGUAUAAUCCUAUCAUUAACCGGAAGUGGGCAGACCAUGUUGCAACGUAAACAAAUUACACGUACGAACGAAAUCCUAGGGUUCAGUUUCUAAAUGUAGAACCAACAUAACACUAAAUCCAGAGUUCGCGGUACACGACAACCAUGAGGUUUGUACUCUUUCUUCCAAGCCCUUGAGCAAUAAUUCCCAGUUAAAGUGAGAUAGAGUCACGGUGCUAGUCGGUUCAACGCCAGCAGGAAAGAGUCGAAGUGCUCUAUAUGCUAUGUCCCCAACUCUGCAGGAAUACCGAGUGGAUUUCUGCGAGAUGGGUAUUCCUAUGGUUAAUGGAAUGAUCACUUGAACUGUUAUCGCCAAGUGUCUAAAUUUG